AAGGAGAUAUCCAGUAUCCACAGACCACUGGAGCGCCUACUGAGACCUCUGAUAAGGCGUGAAGAUUUGUGCUUUGAUCAAAGGCUUUUAUUUGAUUAGAAUUUAGGCUACCUGACCAUCUUUAUUUGAAGUCCAUUCCUCGGUUUGGAUGAUCUCGCAUCUCCUUAAUGCGCAGUUUAUCAAGGAUAAACCAAGACAGCCAUUACUCUUGUUUUUCCAAAGCAUCCUGAAGGAGAGCAGAUUCCUGCUUUGCAGUGAAAGAGCCCUCAUCCAUCCCAACAUCAUUCUUCUUUAAAUAGAGCACCAACCUAAAUUUGGAUGUCUAACACAGAUUAAACAAGUCUCAGGAAGCAGUGGGGCAAGUCCUCAGCUCCAGUACUUGGCAACUUCUUUAGCUGACCCCUAACCUUUGAGGUUCUGAUCAUUCACAUCUGGCACCAUGGGAACUGUGCUAUCGCUGUCUCCCAGCUACCGGAAGGCUGCCCUGUUUGAGGAUGGCCCAGCAACCGUGGGCCAAUACACAGCAGUUCAGAACAGCAAGAACGCCAAAGACAAGAAUCUAAAACGCCACCCACUCAUCAACGUAUUGCCAUGGAAACGGAUAGUGGCUGUCUCAGCCAAGAAAAAGGGUUCUAAGAAGGUGCAGCCUAAUACCACCUACCAAAACAAUGUUUCUCACCUCAACAAUGAGAACCUCAAGAAGUCGCAGUCUUGUGCGAAUCUCGCCUCUUUUACCCAGGACCAGUCAAGUCCAUCAAACCAAGGCUCUAAAAAUUCCAACAAUACAACUUCAUCUGUCAAGAAGGCACCUCUUUCCAGCUCCAAUGUGGUCCCUGGAACACCCAAGAGGGUGAUUGUUCAAGCCUCCACCAGUGAGCUGCUGCGUUGUCUUGGGGAGUUCCUGUGCCGAAGAUGCUAUCGGCUCAAGCACCUCUCCCCCACUGACCCGGUGCUAUGGCUUCGGAGUGUGGAUCGUUCUCUACUGCUCCAGGGCUGGCAGGACCAGGGCUUCAUCACCCCAGCCAAUGUGGUUUUCGUCUACAUGCUCUGCCGUGACGUGGUCUCCUCUGAGGUGGCCACAGAGCACGAGCUACAAGCCGUGCUCCUCACCUGCCUCUACCUGUCUUACUCUUACAUGGGCAAUGAAAUCUCAUACCCUCUCAAGCCAUUCCUGGUGGAGACCUCCAAGGAGACUUUCUGGGACCGUUGCUUGUCCAUCAUAAACUUGAUGAGUGCCAAGAUGCUGCAGAUCAACUCGGAUCCUCACUAUUUCACCCAAGUCUUUGCAGACCUUAAGAACGAAAGCCAGAAGGAAGAAGAGAGGAGUCGUCUCCUCAUUGGCCUGGACCGGUGAGCAGUUCAGGAGAAGUCAUUGUUGGCACACUUGUCUGGCAUUUUCAAACUGUUCUUAAAGGAAUAUUCCAGGUUAAAUGCAAGCCAAGCUCAAUCGACAGCUUUUGUAGUAUAAUGUUGAUAACUACAACAUUUUAAAAGUACAGCCACAAUAUAUAUGCAAUAUGCAUGUUUUUUGUCAUUUUAGUGUGAUAAAAUCACUUACUAACCUUUUCUGUGUAAAGUUAUAUCCAAUUUUACUAUGUUGUUGCCAUGACAACGUAAUGCUGUAAACCCUAAAACAACCGUAAAAAUGACCAUUUAAACAACUUACCAGCUCAAAUAAUAUAUAAGUUUUAAGAGAAGAAUUAAUGUUAGUGCUUUUAUAAGAUUAUAGCCAUCCCAUUGUAAGUGUCUCACCGUAACCUAGAUUUUUUUCUUUUAUGAAUAAAAGGAGGGACAAGUCGGAAAAUGUUUUUUUUUUUUUUUUUUUUUUUUGAUAAUCAACAUUAUGCCAUAAAUGCUGUCGAUUGAGCAUCACUUGUAUUGAACCAGAAUAUUAUUUUUAAUGAGUGUAGUAAUUAAUGGGCUUAUGUUUAGUAGAUAAUGCUCACUAAUUAUGAGAUUGCUGUCUAUGUCUUUUAAAUUCACAUUCAAACGUUAAAUUUUAUAUAAAGCCAUUGGCAAUGCUUCAAUUUAGUUAUAAGCCGUAUGUUUGGCUUAAUAUUAAAAUAUUUUAGUGAGGUUUACAUUACCUUUAGCAAUGGGAAUUGUGACAUUUUGCAUUUGAAUAAUAAAAAAAAAAUGCCAGACUGGAGUGAACCCAAGAGCUGUAACGUAGUGAAUAUUUAAAAGCAUUGAUGAGAACAUCAAAAGAGGCAACAAGAUAAAAAUAAGAACACAAACAGCUAUGAAUGUGGAGCUGCAGAACCACUGACAACUUUGCCAGACUGGCCCAUCACUGUCAAUAUAAAUGGAAGUUGAUCCAUCAGCAACAGACACAUGUUCUCCUGCUUUGUGUCCAUGAAACUGGACACUUGCUGAUUGAUAAAUACGUCAAUGUUGCAAAGUCUGCAAUGAAGUGCAAGUGAAAUGAUUUGCGUGUUUAUGUCUGCUGGUAUAGAACAUAGGCCACAAAAAGGAAUAUUGGAUAAAAUAACAUUGAGAAUGGGCUAGCAUUGCACAGUGGCUGUUGAUAUAGAUACUAGUGAUGGGAGAGGUCGUUGGCACAUUUAUAAAAAGACCUACUUUAUUUUCAUCCA